AAUUUAGAAAAAAGAUAUUUUUAAUGUGAUUUUUUUUAUUUUUUUUCCAGAUAGUUGGGAUUGUAUAGCAACUUGCUUCUUUAUGGACACUGCAAAUAAUAUUGUUUCUUAUAUUGAAACAAUCUGGAAUAUUUUGAAACCAGGUGGAUAUUGGAUAAAUCUUGGUCCUCUUUUAUAUCAUUUUGCCGAUAUACCAAAUGAAUUUUCUAUCGAACCUAGCUAUGAAGAAGUGAAAAAAAUUAUUUUGUCUUUUGGAUUUCAAAUGCUAAAAGAAAAAACAGGGCUAAGAACACCUUACACUCAGAAUCCACGAUCGAUGAUGUUUUAUGAAUACAGAAGUGUCUUUUUUGUUUGUCAAAAACCAAUUUUGUGAAAUAAUAAUAAUAAUAAUAAU